CUGACUGAAGAGUCACAUUCCUCCACAACACAGCGACAGACAGACAGACUGCUGCUCACACUAAAAGGCGAACACCCCCUAAAACAGACACCACAACAGACAGAGGCUUCUUUGGCUCCACGGAUGGGACUGACAUCACACAAAGCGGCUGAUUCAGACGCGCUGGUAACGGCUUGAACUCCGUCCAGAAGAGAUAAACGCUUACAGUGAAGCUCCAGCUGUGUGUGAGUAGAGAGCUCUUCCACAUACCUGUUAGGUAUCUCUUCCGCCUUCCUCCCCCUCCUCCUCCUCCUCCUCUUCAGGUAGGGUGGAGCUGUUUCUACCUGGACUCUCACAACAGGCAGAAGACAGGAUUUAAGAUCCAAUAAUGGCGGUAUAGUUGGACUUUAUCGUGCUUUCAUCGAUAUCGACUUAACAGUAUGAGCCAACCGCCCCGUUCAAACCGGGGACACCGGGAGAGAAACGGAGACCACCGCCAGUACCGAGAUGACAGACGGUCAUCACCCGACAGGUCCUCCUCUAGACCUCCGUACUACCCCAGAGAGACCGACCACCAUCCACAUCAUGUGCGGGACGUCCCACGAGUGGAGCACCAUGAGUCCAAGUGCACACACAUAUGCUCCAGGAGAGGCAUCGUUCUGAUCUGCUCCGUACUGACCAACGGUCUGGUCCUGAUCUGCUUGGUCGCAGCUCAGAUGGUGACAUCAGGCAUGUCGUCCAUGGCCGGGUUGGGCGGCUUCAACAUCAACUCCAACUUUAACCUGCAGGGCACCGAGCUGCAGCAGGUGCGAGAACUGGACAUGCAGUACAGCCAGAUGAGAGCGCCGGGCAUGUACGGCGGCAUCCCCUUCAGCCUGACCUUCGGGGUCGUCUCGCUGCUGUUCGUGGUCGCGGGGAACAAACCCCCCCACCGGAUGUCCCGGAAGCUUCUGUUCGGAGCGCUGGCGUUUCAGGCGGUGGGGGCGGUGGGAUAUGUUGUGGCCGUCGGCCUCUACCUGCACUUCGUCAUCGGGGUCAACGCCACAGAAGUGUGUAAGCGGCGCGAGCGGCUGUACUUACGCAACGGCUACACCUGGAUGAACUGCAGUGUCAGCGGGGCGGACGCGGCUGUGGCUCUGUUCGGGCUCAUCACAGCCAUCCUUUACACCGCCGGGACGGUGCUCACGAUCCAAACGAUCCGAAGGGUGAAGCGCUACCUGAAGGAGCGUAAACACCGGGAGCAGCCUCGAUCCAAACCACAGAGAACCCCAAUGAGGACUGAUACCACCUCUGUGUGAGCAGGACUGAUGAGGACGGACUGAAGGACGGUUCAGACUACAAGACUGCCACCAUGAUUUACCUUUCACACACAAAUUUAGAUACAAAAACCCUUAAAGGAGAAGUUUACAAUUUGUAAAGUCUGUCUUAAAACAAUCCACUGUUUUUCUUGCUGUUCAUACUGGACAUCAGAUGACUCUUUCUUAAUGCGUUUCCAGUAAAAGUGAUACUUAUACUGGGGACAAAAUCCACAGUUCUUGUCUGGAGAUAUCUGGAGAUAAUAUGAGGCUUCACAAGUGUGAGUUAAUCAGAUAAAGUGGGUAUUUUUUUGUACAAAACUCCCUCUUUGUGUUUCCACACAAAGCUGUGAUGUUGGGAUCGUAACAAAAGGAGAAUAUUUUGAAU